GUGACGUGCUACGUCAUAAACACGAGCCGGUAGUGAAUGCGCGGCAGAUUGAAAAAUUGAAACGCAGAAACCUUUGGAUUUUGUUUUCAAUUUACUCGGCUUUUUUUAUUUUUUAUUUCCAACGAUCUCGAAAGUAAAGACAAAAUGCCGAAUAAAGUACCAAGAAAACCCAUCAAAAAUAUCCUGAAAGAGAACACCAACAUGCGUAUGGGUGCUAAUACAGAUUUGAUGGUGCAGCUGGACCUGCUGCUGUUUCUCCAUCGGCUGACUGAGGAGGCGCGGGCCAAAGCCUUCGAGGAGAAAUCAGCCACCAUCAAAGCUCACCACGUCCAAGCCGUCGCCAAGAAAGUUCUCAAGAGUCUCCGGGGAUGACUGCAAAGGGAGGAGCCUCCUCUUCAUCUUCUGAUGGCCAGUCGUGGCCCGAAGUCCCCUGUAAUGGUCUGCUUUGAUCAUACAAUCCUAGUAACACAGGGGCAGCUUUUACAUUUAUUAUUUAAAGUUUGCUUUCUAGGGAACUGCUUUUGUGUGUUUUUAUUCAACAGUAAUCUUCAAUAUGACAGGAAACCAAGGCAAUGGCUGAUACCAUCAUUGCAACACUCCAUUGAAGAAUUUUCUGUAUUCUAUGAUUAUUUCAUGCUUGUAAAUAAACAAUUUCUUGCAUUUCA